AGGAAUCUAUGCUCAAGGUAAAACGGCUUGAUGUAAAAGGGUGCGGUAGUCACGGUUGAGGGGCGUUCCGAUGGCAGCUGCCUCGCAGCUGACGUCGGGAGCAUCUCUCUUGCACAACAACCUUGCAAGCUCCUCCACUGGGUAUGUCGCCUCUAUUCAUAACUCCUUGAAUGCAGGUCAAGGGAAGUUGCUUCUGCACGCUCUCGCCUCUGGUCAAAGCAAGGAUGGUCCCGAGGUGGUGCAGGCAACCUCCAUUCGAUAUUUGGAGACGCUGCAUGGCCCCGUACUGGUGGUGACAUCCACAAACGGAACUCAAGUUUAUACUGAGGAUGCAUCUGCGCUGAUCUUCUUCCUGCCGCUGUCAGACCAAGCUGGUCCCGACAGUAUCAGGUAUCAUCAGGCGGCUUGCUUUGUGCCCACGACGCAGCACAUGGUGAUUGGCACAUCCAAGGGCACCAUUUGGCCUGUGAGUGCUGUUGCUGCCGGACAAUACGUCCAGCUGCAUGAGUCAGCACCAUCAAGUCCUACCGCAGAGGUGUCAGAUUUGUGUUUCUCUCCAAUAGCAGACGCAGUCGUCUCGGUGCAUAACAAUGGUGAUCUGCGCUUGUGGCAAGUUUCUGAAGAUGCUCCCUACACCAAUUCUGAUGUGGUGGCGAAUCUGUGUCAGGCUCCAGUUCGAGUAGUCUCACUGGGAGCGCAGCUGGCAGUUGCAGACGGGCCAGGGAGUAUUUUCAUUUUGGAUGCAACAACAAGAGAGUUGAAGGCAGAGGUAACAGCCCACGGACGGUGGCUUUCUGCAGCCGUGUCCAGAGAGGACAUUGGACUGCUCGUGACAGUGGGUGAAGACACCGUGCUGAAUGUUUGGCAGGUGGAUCCAAGCGAAGGCAUCGUUUCCUUGCAUCACUCCACUGUAGUUGCUGACAAGUUGCUUUGCGGUGUCGCCUUACAUGGCUCUGGGGCCUCCGUGGUAGCAUACGAUUCUGCAAGAGACCAAAGGUGAUUGGCUUCAGCAUAAUGGAUCAAAAUGGUUCAAAACGGAUCAAAAUGACAAUUUUCGAGAGCACCCACUACUCAAACCUUUGAUUCUUUUUCAUUCUUUUGCUCUGAGGAUCAGCUCUACCACGUGAACUUCUGAAAUCCAUUGGCAAACUUCAGAUUGCAGGCAGGCCGGUGCGUCCCAGCCCCCAAUGGACGCGCAGGUGCCUUGGUUUCACAGGCUACGUGCGUGGCCCAGAUGUACCAGCCGUAGUGCCUCGCUUGUUUCAGAGGUGGAAAAGGGAAGAAGAGA